AAGUCACAAGAAACGACCGUCCACUAAUGUGGUUGUGUCAUCCGUCAUGCACCAGGCAUUACAUUUCAGAGUCUUUAUUUUCCUUUUCCUUUUAUAUUGUCGUUUCCUAAAUACUUCCAAAACCUGUAUACGAUUCUUUUUUUAAAGCUCAUAAAUUACUGUAAUACACUCGUAAUUACAAUUACACGUAUACAUUCCUGUUCUACUGACGAUAAUGACAGUAGUUAAUUCAAUCUUAAUUACUAUUAUGCACAUACAUUUCUCCUUUUCCCCUUCUUGGAAAAUUUCCCCUUCCCUCUCGCGUUUCCUGAAUUUUCCAAAAUAUCAAGAGCUCCGGUCUGUCUCAUGGCCGUCCGAGUCCAUAUCGUUUCUCUCUCCAUAACUUCCUUUUCAACAUCUAUAUCUUCUAAAUAGAGAAAUAUCCAUAUUUAUAUAGACGCAGAAAUACUUGUGCUUAUUCAUUUCUCUAUCAGAACCCAGGUAUUCUACAAGGUAGAGACGUAUGUUUCUUCCGAGAAUGAAUAUUUAUGGAGAGAAAUUGAGAGAGGAAAUACUUGGUAUGGAGAAAAUAGAUGAGCCAGGCAGCCCUAGUUGGGGAGCGUCUUUAUUCCAGACAACUGAAGAUGUUGCAAAAGCAGUUGCUGCAGCUGCAGCUUCUGUGCGGUCCCCACGCCCUUCGGUGGUAUAUUCUUCCAAAGAUGACAGUGGUAGCCCAAUGAAGAAACUUCAAAACCAAGUGUCUAAACUGAUUAAAGGCUUAUCAAGUCCUCCCAUGGCGAAAAGCAGGCUUUACAACCCAGAAACACUGACAAGCCAAAAACGCCAAUGGGCCAGCUUACAGUUGCAAUCUCUUGAUCACAGAGUAUGGAAAGAACCAUCCAGGCUUUUUGAGAGCAUGGUAGUGGUUGGACUUCAUCCUAGUUGUGAUAUUCAGGCACUUCAAAGCCUUUACUUUUCAAGGAAAUCUGAAGGAUCUGGAAGAUUUAGAGGUUCUAUUGGUGGUCAGAACCAUUCACGGGUGGAACCCAACCUUGAACCUCAGGUCUUGUUCGUAUACCCCCCAGAAAAGCAACUUCCUCUGAAAUAUAAGGAUCUUCUUUCAUUCUGCUUCCCAGCUGGAGUAGAGGUUCAUGGGGUUGAAAAAACACCGUCAAUGAGUGAGUUAAAUGAAAUGCUUUUAGGACAGGAGCACCUCAAACAAAGCGACCAGUCAUUCGUGUUUAGGCUCCAGGUUGCCGACAAUUCAACCCUUUAUGGUUGCUGCGUAUUAGUUGACGAAAUAGUACAAAAACCCUCUAGCUUGAUUUCUAUGAUGUCAGAAGUACAGCCUGUUCAGAUUGGCCUGAGUCGCCACAUUUUAACCACACGCCGUUGUUAUUGUAUUCUUUCCAGGCUUCCAUAUUUUGAACUCCAUUUUGGUGUACUGAAUAGCAUCUUCAUCGAGGAGAGGUUGGAGCGAUUAACAAAACAAAUUGGCGACCUUGAUAUAAAUUCCUCUGCAAUUUUCAAUGACAAAGACUUGUUUGGAGAAAAUUAUCCCUGCAUUUCAUCUGAAGAUAAGGAACACACUCAGUUGGAUGCAACUGCUACUGUUGACAAUUGUCGAUCAAGCAGAAGUGUGUCUGUUGCAGUGGUAACAGAAUCAGUUACAGCGGUAACAGAAUCAGUUACAACUGUAACAGAAUCUUGUCCUGUCGAUGAAACUAAGAGGGAAGCUUGCCCGCCUUCAAAUGAGGCUAGUAAGGGUGACAUAGAGAGACACCAUGAAACUAAGAAUAGUUUCCCCUCUUUGAAGGAAAUAAGCAGCGAUGGGGACACAGAGAAGGACUGUGAUCAUAAAGAAGAAAUAAAUGGAUCACAAAGAAUUGAUACUGAAGAUAACAUAAAUUUGGUCGAGAGGAGUACGCCAAAUGCUAUCUUGCCUCUUUUGCGAUAUCAUCAAUACGAGAGCUCAGAUUCUUCAUAUAGUUUUCAGGGGUCUCCAAGUGAAGAUAGGCAUAUUAGGAGUGACAUUGAUGAAGCAGAUACAGAAGUAUCUUUUUCAGGACAAGAUGAAUCCAGUCAAAAUAGUGAUAUUCUGGAAUGGGCUAAGUUGCAGGACUGUCACCAUGGUUCUUUGCAAAUAAUAUGCGAAUACUACAAGCUUGACCUGCCUGCACAUGGUUCAGCAAUUAAGUUCCACCCUCUCGAACAUUUGCAUCCUUUGGAAUACUAUAGGCCUGACGAAACAGUUUUACAUAUUGCCGGAUCAACAUUUGACUUAAAGUCAUGCAGUACAAGUUUGGAGCUUGCAGAGGCCCACAAUGCCCUUAUGGUGGAAGAGGAGGCAACUGCUUUAUCAGUGUGGGCUAUUGCAUGUUUAUGUGGCUCCUUGCGACUGGAAUACGUCUUGACACUGUUUGCAGGAGCUCUUUUGGAAAAGCAAAUUGUUAUAGUUUGUUCGAACUUGGGUGUAUUAUCCGCUUGUGUUCUGUCCAUUAUUCCACUUAUACGUCCUUACCAGUGGGAGAGCUGGUUAAUGCCGGUUUUGCCAAAUGACAUGCUCGAUUUUUUGGAUGCACCUGUUCCCUAUAUCGUAGGCGUGAAGAACAAAGGCUCUGAAGUGCAGUCAAAGUUAACAAAUGCCAUUGUUGUUGAUGCUAACAAGAACCAGGUGAAGUCGCAUUCGAUACCACAACUACCCCAGCAUAAGGAAUUAUACUCACGCUUAAGUCCAUACCAUGCAAAGCUUGUGGGAGAAAGUUAUUUGGGAAGGAAGCGGCCGGUUUAUGACUGCACAGAGGUCCAGGUUGAUGCUGCAAAGGGUUUCCUAAGAGUGUUGAGGUCAUACCUGGAUUCGCUUUGCUCUAAUCUCAGGUGUCACACCAUCACUAAUGUUCAAUCAAAUAAUGACAAGGUAUCCUUGCUAUUGAAGGAAAGUUUCAUUGAAUCUUUCCCCUACAGAGAUCGACCUUUUAUGAAGCUUUUCGUGGACACACAGCUCUUCUCUG